UCUCCUAUGAUAUUUCUGACACAAUUUUUUCCAGGCAAGAAAUGUUUUUGAUCUUUCAACCAUGAAAAUGAGCAGAAAAAAGAUGAUGAUUAGUUUCAUAUUCACAAUUAGCUUGAAAUGAAUCUGUACUGCAUGUAAUUUUAAUUACUCUGUGGUUUUAAGCGGGAUUUUACAACCGUUAAGCUGGAAAACUUGUGAUUUUCAUAGUUAAUAAGCCGACUUAAUUGCAAGCUCUUGUAGACAGAAUAAGACAUAAAAACAUCUGCUGGAAAUCUUGGUGGAUUAAUUAAUAGUGGCUGCUUUUGAUGCUUGAUUAUGAAAAAUAGAUGUAUUGAAAGAUAUACAUGGGUUGUGUUUCAUGUGUUAAUAUGAAUGAUAAAUAAUACAUGUGGCUAAUGUAUUCAGGAUUUGAUAAGCAAACCAAAGUAGCCUGGAAUAGAAUAUAGAUUUUUUGUGGGUGAAACAGCAAGAAAGAGAAACUGUUAUUUUUAUCGUCAAAGUGAAAAAUUUGUUAAUCAUUCAUUUGAAUUGGUGUAGAGGUAUUUAAGACUCAGUGAAAAAGGCUGGAUGCUGUGCUCUCUUAUUCUAAAACGUUUUGAGAUUCUGGAAUGUUUAUUGUUUGAAGGGACAAUCUAUUUAAUUGCAAUAAUGCUAAAUAACCUUGUUAUAUCAGUGUCAGAGAAGUAAGUAAAAUACAGAAAAUUGUAAAAGAACACAUAAACAACAAUCAGUGGAAUAAUGGCUCUUUUAAGUGAAUACAGUUUGAACUUCAGACUCAGAAUUGGUUGAAUAUCUGACUACCAAUUACUUUCAUACAUUGUGUAUUUCACAAUGAGCUCAAGCGCUCGUGCGAGCCCUCGAAUGAGCUCAAGAAACUCAAGCCGAAAGGCUAGUACCACCAGUCUGGCAACACCAAAUGGAUCAUAUAGAUUUGCUCCAAAUUCCUCCACUGAUUCAGCUGUUCAACUCUGGAUCUACCCUGAUUCUGAUCUACAGGCGGAAGUGAUGAACAGCCACGUGCGCUGUAAAUAUUACAAGGAGGGGUGUCGAUGGGUGGACAAACUUCAUAACCUACAGGCGCAUCUUGAUGUUUGUCGGUAUGACACAGUCCCCUGCCCAAACCAGUGCUCAGACGUCCUAUCGCGCCUCUCAUUGGACGAUCAUCUUGAGUUUAGCUGCCUGAAGAGGAUCGUCAUCUGUGAAUUCUGCAACCAAGAGUUUCCUGGGGAUGCUUUUGACAUGCAUGUUGGAAACUGCCAGUACGAGGUCGUGUGGUGCGAGAACAAGUGUGGCGCCAAGUUGGAGCGGCGAUAUCUCAACAACCACAUGCGCAACGAGUGCCACAAACGCACCAUCAAGUGCCCCUACUGCUCCAAGGAGUUUGUCUAUGAAACGCUACAGACCCACCAGUACCAGUGCCCAAGAUACCCGGUUCCAUGCCCAAAUAGGUGUGACCCUACCAAAAUCCCACGGGAGGAGAUGGACAUUCACGUACAGGAACUGUGUCCCUCAGCAACGGUCUCGUGCCAGUUUAAACAUGCUGGGUGCACACACAAGUCUCCACGAUACAGUAUGGAUCGCCAUAUUGACGAGAACACAAAAAGUCACCUUCAAUUGAUGUGCGAACUCGUACAGAAACAACAGUCGCAAAUCACUCAACUGUGUAAUGCUCUGUAUUCUGUAACCCAGGUUACGGAUGGAACUUUCAUCUGGAAAAUCACAGACUAUAAACAGAAAUUCAUUGAAUCCAUCUACAAAAACACUGAGAUCGUCAGUGAGCCGUUUUAUUCUACAAGAUUUGGUUACAAAAUGGCUGCCUCUGUGUUUUUGAAUGGGAAUGGUUCUGGUGAGGGAAAAUACUUGUCAGUGUACAUUAAAAUCCUCCAGGGAGAAUAUGACAACAUUUUGGAGUGGCCUUUCCUGUUGCCCAUUUCGUUCACUGUUUUCGACCAAAAUUCAGAUUCGGAAAAACGAGCAAAUAUCACUGAAAGUUUUGUCCCGGAUCCUACAUGGAAACAUUUCCAAAAACCGGUGAAAGAUGUGGAUCAGCUGGGUUUCGGGUAUCCGAAGUUUGUGUCGAACGAGGUCAUGAAAACAAGAGACUACAUUAAAGGAGACUCGAUUAUUCUCAGAGUAAAGGUGGACAACUCUCAUAGCUUCAUCGAGUGAAGUUGUUCAGUUACCUUCCUUGACAUUUUUCAUUAAAAUGUUUUAUUCUAUUGAGGGGGACAACUCUUAUAGCUCAAUGUAAUUGAGUAAGUUGGUUACCUCCCUUUAAAAAUGUGCUAAGGUGAUUCUGGAAUAUUUUCUGAUAGAACUAGAUCUGACUCAGUUUCAGAAUUUUCUUUAGAAUUGAGAAAAUUCUGAAGGAAAGCGUUAAGCAGCAUUAACUUCAGUUCUAACUUACAUAUCACCUAAUUAGCGUUUGUUGUUAGUGCUUGCUAUGAAGGAAUAUGCAGGGGCAUGCAUAUAGUUUUAUCACAAAACAUAGACCUUUGAAUGAGAAAGCAAAUGUUAUGUUACAGUGAUAUUAAGUUUUUGUUCAGAUGAUGAUAUUUUAAACAAUGGAUGUUAAGUGUAUAUAGCAGGAUUAUUCAAAUGAGGGUAGCACCUCUGGUUUUAUUAUUUAUGUGCAAUAUUUGAUAUAUUUUUUGUUCAAUUUUGUUUUGUUUCUUGCUCUGAAUGUGGUUUGAUGUUUUGAAAAGCCAAUUAUUGAAUAAGUGCGCUAUGUACCAAAAAUGUACAUGAUUUCAUUUGGGCACAUUUUGUUGUCUAUUCAUGAAAUUAUGAGCAAUAUUUAUAAAAAUGGUAUACAAUUACUGUAACACAGCGUAUUCAACCAUUCAAUUAACCUAGAAAGUGAUUAUGUUUUGUGUAAUAUAUAAUGUUUAUCAUUGUUUGAUAAUACAAUGGACCAUUUUAUCACCUCUGACUAGCAACCACAGGCAAGUACCGGGUAAGUGACCAGUUAUGUUAAGUAUUAUUUCACACAAACAAGAAAUGAAAAAAAAAAUACAGUAUUUGGCAUUUUGAAGGUUUUACAAUAAUAAUAACAAGUAAAUUAACAUUUAUAAUGUGCUUUUUUCAAGAAAUUUCAAAAUAGCAAUAAUCUAGUCAGUCAUUCAGUUGAUGUAUGCAAGUUGCGUUUGAUUAUAAAUGAGUUCAUGUGUAUCUUGUAUUUUCAAUGUCUUCGAAAUAAAGAUUAUAAAUUAAUCUCUUGAU